UAACCAUGGACGGACCGGAGCUUGGGCGCAUCGAGUCGAUCGACUCGACCAAGAUGCAGACGCCGAUGCGCAUGGGUGUGCCACGUAUCGACACGGAACCACUCUUCACUGCCCUCAAAGCUGCUUUACUUCGUAAAUGCGCUGACUGUCUUACUCCAGGAAAAUUGAACCAGGCCGAACUUUCCCAAGUCACUGAUCGCGUCCUCUCAUACGCACCAACCGUCUCAUACAAUGGUGUCUUGGUCUCGACCAUCCAUCUACACAACAAAAUAUUCAGUGCUAUACACUCGAACAUCUACCGCGACCCUCCACCAGAACCUGUCGCAUCAUGGGUGCUAGCCACCGACGCCCCGGCCUCGGCCAGCGCAAACAACAAAGUCUCACAAGGCGGUGGUGACAAGGCAGAAGAGAGGUUAAAACGCGAAGUCAUGGCUCUAUCUGCCCGCGACAGGAGAAGGAUCAAGAGUGCUAAGGACAACCUCCCUGCCGUGCCGCCCUCGGGUCCUUUGCGCGAGAAUGCCACAUACGCAACCGCCCUCACAGUACCUGUUACCUCCUCUCAAAUACCCGAUGCCAUACCAACGACCGCAACCUCGCUCAGUAAGACCAACUGGGACCUAGAAAUUCGAAGACGAUAUGCCGUGCCGCUGGCUUCUGAGACGCUAGACUUCCCUUCACGGGCAGACAUACAAGCCCGUAUCGAGCCCAUCUGCUAUGAAGAGGGCGUGGGCUUAUCAGCAGUACCUAUGACAUCCGCCGCUUUGCAGACCAUAGCAGAGCUUGUCGAGGUUGCUACCGAAACCUACGUCAAGGAGAAGCUGACGAACUGGUUCUCGGCAACACGCAGCAACGCUCCUGGAGACUUGGGCCCGAUAACAGCAAAGUUCCGCGCUCAAAUGCGUAGCGAGGAAGAUGCCGUAGAUCGUGGACAGCUCAGCAGAAGCGCUGCAGGCUUCUUGCCAUGUGAGCAAGAAUCUCUUACGCGGAGAGAACCACUCAGCAUGGACGAAAUACGCAUGUCUAUGCGCUUAGACGAGACACGGCAACGCCUAGACCCCUUCCUUGCCCAGGAAAUAAUGGACAAUGUGGAAAUGGACAUGGUCGACACGCCAAUGGCCCUCACGAAUGGUGACCAUAGUCCACUAGACAACAAAGAGGCAGACGGUGAUGCCAUGAUGACUGAUGAUGACGACCUUGGCUGGGAAGGAGCAACAACUGCCGACAGAGACAUUCUGUUUGGCGUACUGGAUUCUGUCCUCGCUCCAGGAGGGCCCUCG